GCAAUGUUGACAUUUCCCAUUCUUGGCAAAAGGUGUUUUUUGUUAAAAAUAUUGUGAAAAUUUUAAACAAAUUAGCGGAGAACUAAUAAGAAGACGUAAAAAGAUAGAAUCUUUGUUAUUUUGGGCAUCUGCGCAGAAAUUUGAUCCACUUUCGAUAAUGGAAAAUGCGAAAAUGUCCCAAAAACAAAAUCCGGCUAAUUGUAAUCCAUUUUGCACGCCAUUAUCAGUCCCUCAUUACCGACGCUUUCACUUUUCAAAGCGCAUUAGUUCCUCGUAGAAACUAAUCAGUAAUGUGCUAGAAUCAUCUCAACCAAGAUAAGCAAAGCAAUAAAAUCAAGCAUUAACAACGCUCGUAGUGACGAAGUCAAUGCAAAUUAAAAAAUAGUGUCUUAUAGUGUGCAAUGUUUUCAAAUUUGAGCGCGACCUCCCCUUGGCGUUGGAACGGUCCAACACGAUUCCAUAGCGUCUUUUCCUCGCACACGACUUCAACGCUUCAGUCGCGUAAAAUCGUUUGAUUAGUUUGGGUGUGUGUGUACGUCCGAAACUUCGUUGAAGAGUUUCUCGCGCAAACUUGCAUAAAUCUGCUGUGACUCUCACCCCGCGUGCCAUACGGACACUCACCCGUACCUCUCCUUCGGGAAAAUUGAGUUUUCCACACCAGAAUUCAGUGUUUUUGGGUCUGAUAAAGUGAAGCGUGGCUUGACUCCAACGUGUAUUGUUAGUUGCCUACCCGCCAUGAGUAUGAGUGUUUGCGAAAACGUCAAAAUGAGUUACAAAUUCAUGGGGCGCAAAAGUCCCAUUGCAAAAGUGAAGCGAAGCCUUUUUGGGAAGAUCGACCCCGAAGACAACAAGACCUUCAUCCAGAAUCACAUUAACUAUGAUUUGGCCAAGAAUUGCGCCAAAUGGAACUUCAACUUUCGCGAAGAGACCACGCUGGACCCCGAAGGUGACAUAAUUUGGCGUCAGGCAAGUCCGGUGAUGGUCAAUCGAAAACGCAAAAUUGUGGAAAUGGUCGAAGCGCCCGCUUAUUAUUUUCAACCCAUCGAACCAGCCGCCCGUUCGACAGAAAGCCCCAAAAUCAAGGUUCCGAAACAGACACAAAUCACCGAUUACAUGGUUAAAUCUAAACGGCAAGUGGUGUGCAAGAAGGAUUCUUCGGUUGAAAGGCCGAUUAAAAUACCGAAAUUGGCCGAUUUCUGUUCAAGUUAAAACGAUUCUGUGCCUCCCACUUCUCUUUACAAAUUUUCGAUCUCUAAAUUAUUUAAGUACAAGUUGUUGAAAAAAAUUAUCUUAGAUUGUACAGUGAAUUAUUAUUUUUUGUUUGUAUUUAUUUUGUAAAGUUGAUUUUUUUCUUUCUUUUGAUCUCGAAAAUAUUUGGUUUUGUUGGUGGUUUUUUUCUGUGAGUUGGAGGACUCAGUAUGAUACGUAAUUAAGGGUGAAGGAGUUUAUAAAGGUUUUUCUGCACUAUCCAUAUAUUAUUUUUCUUUUUUUUGUGUACAUAAGAUGUGUUUAAAGGUUUGUUAAAAGAAAUGUGUACAAUUAAAUUAACAAGAAUUUUGUGUUUUUUGUUGAUCUAUUUGUACUUACGAUACGGGUUAUUUAGUCAAUAAACUAGUGCAAUUUUUCUUUUAUUUUGUUGACUAAAUAUAGAUCGUAAAUUGAUAUGUAGAUAGUGCUGUAAAGAAAUUUUAUAAAUUUUUGGUUCGUAUGACCGAUCAAGUGUGUGUAAAAAGAACGAUUUUAUCUGCACAGGGGAAGUUGGGAAUAAGUUUUUCUAACUUUGUUCAUAAGUACUAUCAUUUGGAAUGAGUAACUGUAACCCAAAGAAAAAAUUAAGUACAAAGUGUUUUUGGCAAUUUUUUAAUGCAGAAUAUUCAUUGUGUGGCAGCUUUGCCUGUUUGUCAAUAAAAAUAAGAAUUAGGAUUCAGGUGUACGAAAGCAGUACUUGAUUUUUUGCUUUAUUUUUUUUUUUUUGUUUAUUAUUCAGGGGAAGCGAUUUUGAGACAAACUAGAGUUGCAAGAUCUCAAUUCUGCUUUUUGUAUGUAAAAGAUUUUGAGAUAUUAAAAAUAGAUAUAAUUUAUAACACCUGUGAUCUAUUAAUGUAUGAUCUCGAAAAAUAUUAUUUUUUAUUUAAAUAUUAUAUAAUUUUUAGCCAAAUAAUGUUCGGUUGAGGGUGUAAUUAUUAUAAAUAAAAAAUAGUGCCUUUGUUGUCUUCUCACGUCAAAUAACCUCAGCCCAACAGUGUUUGGAAUACUGUAGUUUAAAAAUAGUUUGUAUGUAAAUCUGUUGAAAACAUUAAAGUAUAUAAGGAGCCCUUGAAAUAAAGCUUCUAUUUGUUAGUGUA